AUGCUAGUCAAACCACGCAAGUCUUCCCUCGAAAAUACCUCGCCGAUAAUGCUCGGGUCCAAAGGCUGGGGUAGCCUUUUUUCGUGUGUUUUAGUCACAGUAUGUAUAAGCCCUGCGAUUGUGGCACAAUGUUUGGUCAAAGAUGUUCAGAUGCCCUCAGCCCUCAUGGGGGUUCCAUAUUGCAGUGGAAGGUCUGCGGUGAAGCUAACAACCGUACUCUCCAAUGAAGGUUCCCGACUGGAUAUUCCCAUGGAUCAUUAUAGCCAACCGUCCGACAAGGCUUUCUCGAUACCUAUCAUUAGAAUGCUAGCCAAGAAUGCAUCUGCAAGCGGAGAUAGACAUAUAUUCCUGAACCCCGGGGGACCUGGAGCCAGUGGAGUGGGCUUUCUGCGGGGAUCUGCAUCCGAUCUCAAUAAGCUCAUUGGGGAACACUUCCACUUACUCAGUUUCGACCCUCGUGGCGCAAGUGGAUCAGUGCCGAAAGCUGUUUGCUUCGCAAGCAACGCCGAACGCACUGCCGCGUUCGCCAGCAACCCUUGGGACCUUCAAUUCCAAGCCGGUGAGAUGUACACCAAGGUCGAGAAUGAAACAAAUGCUUGUAAAGAUAUGAUGGGCGAAUAUGGGAGAUACAUAAACACUCCACAGAUAGCUGCUGAUAUGGACAUGAUCCUCGACGCGAUCGGACAGCAGAAGAUGUUUUAUUGGGGACUAAGUUUUCCAGAACGGAAAUGUCCUUUUUGGUAUCAAGGUAUCAAGGAUCUGAUAUCUAUGACCGAGCCUCGUGGUCGAUUCCCACAACCCAUGGCUUCCACCCUCGGUGCUAUCCUGGGUCUCCCCGGGUGUGGCAUUGAUGCUGACUAUUUCCCAUCUGCUCGGAGAUCUGCAGUGUCUACUUUGAGCGUGGAAGAGGAGGAUUUGCUCGGUAGUCUUCAUGAAUUAGCGACUAAAGGUGUCUUCCUCAUUAAAGGCCAAGUGUAA